UAUAAUUACAUUCAUACUGCACAACUUAUUUUCAAACAUCGAGUAGACACUAGUGCAUAUCUAUACAGUUAUAAUGCUAAUACAAUUCUGCAUAACUCAUCUAGUAUGACUGGUUAUACAAUCUAAUCACUGUUAGUAAAAAUUACUUCCUCUAUCGUUCCCUGUAACACCAGGGCUGAAUUAUUCUUGAGCUAAAAGAGUUUGCACACCCUUGGACUGAAUCAAAAAGGGGAUGACAAUCGUGGUUCAUCAUACUGACGAAUUUGUCUAUCAUUCAAUCAUGUGCUAUCUCUUCAAUACUGGGUAGUACACAGCCCACAACAGAACCUGCCUUUUUUAUAAGGUUAUUUAAUUUGCCAUUCUUUAUGUAUUCGUUUUUUUCUUAUUUUUUUUCUCAUUUAGUUUUAAUCUGUAUUGCAAGGCUUUAGGGGUAAAGUGAUGUUGGGUGUUCAACCUAAAGAUUUUAGCUGACAAGAUUCUGAACCUCUUAUUCACCAUAUAGUGAAUUAUAAAGUGAGUAUAGAAAAAGUGUAAUCAAUUAUACACAGUGAUGCCUUUAUUGCAAUAUGUGUCUGAAACCAGAAUAUUUUAUCCUGUAUAGUCCCUCAAACAUCACAGUGUUAGCUGAAGCCGGAUUAUUUUCUUUAGCUUUGGAUCCAUCACUAGGUGGUGCCAGAAAUAAGCGCAAAUAAGCUUCCUCUUCACACUCACGAGUGCUUUGUUGUUAUUCUAAGGCAUUGUGCAACUUGGGAGAAGUAUAUAAAGACCAAGGAAACAAUCACAAAAGAUGCACAACAUCAGGGUUCACUGAAUGACUCCAGACUCAAAAUGCUGUGCAUUUCAUUUGUUCAGCAGACCUUUUGUGAAACCUCUUUGCUUUAUCAUAGGAUGAGCAUCAUGUUUUAUUCAACAGUGGACUGGAAAGGUAUGAAGAAUCUAUGAAUUUUAAACAAACUCAGUUUUCAGAAUAUUCAUUACAAUCUAGUCUGCGUAACUGCGUGUAGUCCACUGCAAAGAUUUUAGUUAUAGUACAUACAUAUAAUUAUAAACAAUUUAAUCAAAGAUUAAUCCACAAAGUUCUUAAUAGUUUGCUUUUGUGGAGUCAGUCACGAAUCUCCUCUAGAGACUAAAAGGCUUUAUUUUUUCCCCCCUUUUCAGAAUAUUACUUUUUAAAACCUAAACAAAUGUUUCUUAUAAUUAACUACACUAAUAAACUGCUUUCUGGGUGCUGUUGGCAAGGUUAAGCCUUCAGAAAGACUAGUCACAGUUUGCAUUACUUUAUUAGAUAUGGAAACUGUGUGUUUAUUUUUGUCGUUUUGUAUUUAUAUUGAGACAAGAAUGCCUGGAUGUCGUCAGAAACUAUUUUUGUGUCUCAGACACGCUUUCAAGCCAGUUAGGACCCGAUGGCGUCAUGUUGCACGUGUGACGUCUGUGAAUGUGAUGCAUGUGGAUGUGGAGUAACUGUCCAUGGUGCUGAAACCGCCGCAGCGUCGGGAUGCGCGUUCCGGAGUCGCGCAGCAUCAAUGUGCGCGUCUUCUGAGCUCUUAUUUAUACACUUUAAACCCAGAGCAGAAUUAAACCGGUGUCGGAAUGCUGCCCAACGACACCUUCAAGAACCUGGAGGAUGGUUUAUAUCUGUUAAACUCCAGCAACGAGACGCAUAACGGGGAUGCUCACGGCAGCAGCGCGAUUUUUAUCUCCUUCAUCUACUCCGUGGUGUGUCUAGUUGGACUAUGUGGGAACUCGAUGGUGAUAUAUGUGAUCUUCAGGUAUGCGAAGAUGAAAACUGCGACCAAUAUCUAUAUUUUGAACUUGGCGAUCGCGGAUGAGUUACUCAUGUUGAGCGUGCCCUUCUUGGUCACCUCUUCUUUACUUCACCACUGGCCGUUUGGUUCUCUCCUGUGUCGCUUGGUUUUAAGUGUUGAUGCCAUUAAUAUGUUCACCAGCAUCUACUGUCUCACCGUGUUGAGCAUCGAUCGUUACAUCUCCGUGGUGCAUCCCAUCAAAGCUGCCCGCUACCGGAGACCCACCAUCGCUAAAAUGGUCAACUUAGCAGUCUGGAUGUUCUCCAUCCUGGUCAUUCUCCCCAUCAUCAUCUUCUCCACCACUGCGCCCAACUCUGAUGGGUCUGUAGCGUGCAACAUGCAGAUGCCAGAGCCCGAGCGCCAGUGGAUGGCCGUGUUUGUGAUAUACGCCUUUCUGAUGGGCUUUCUCUUCCCUGUCAUAGCCAUCUGCAUGUGCUACAUCCUCAUCAUAGUCAAGAUGCGAGUGGUGGCGCUCAAAGCGGGCUGGCAGCAGCGCAAAAAGUCCGAGAGGAAAAUCACGCUGAUGGUGAUGAUGGUGGUCACGGUGUUUGUGAUCUGCUGGAUGCCUUUUCACAUCGUGCAGCUGGUGAGCGUGUUCGUCCAGCAGCACAAUGCCACCCUUAGUCAGCUGGCUGUGAUUUUGGGAUAUGCCAACAGCUGUGCCAAUCCUAUCCUGUAUGGAUUCCUGUCGGACAACUUCAGACGCUCCUUCCAGAGGAUUUUAUGCCUCCGAUGGUGGGAGAACGCCACGGAGGAGCCCAUAGAUUACUAUGCCACGGCCCUGAAGAGUCGGGGAUACAGCGUGGAUGACUUUCAACCGGACAAUCUGGAAUCGGACAGCACGUACAGGAAUGGCACAUGCACAUCCAGAACUACAACACUAUAGGCACUGCAGCCAGCAUAAAGACUCGUUUUUGUUAUCUGUUGUCAUAUCAGUGUGUGUUUUUUGUUGGUAAGACUUUGUACUAACUUUCAUAAUUAACAUAUAAUGCUUAAUUUUAAGUUGAUGCGCAUUUAAGUCGAUUUAUGAAUGUGCAUUAACUUUUUUUUUAUCAUGCUUUAAACAUUAUAUGAUGUGUUUGAAUGACUUGUGAAAGUUAUUAUAAAGUCUAUAUUGAAAUAACGUGAGACGUUUAGAUAAAAAAAGAGGAAUUACCACAGCCAAAUACUAAAUGUUUAUUUUAAAAUGGAAUAAAAUGCAGGAAAUGGCUUUUA